AAACAGCCAUUGAACGCUGACUUUGACUGCGCGCUAAAUUCAAAGUCCAGGCUCUGCGUAAAACUGAGGGGAAAAAAAGACGCAGUUUCCCCCAUAUUUUAAGAAAGCUAGGUAGGUGUUACUUACUUUGAAAAACUUUAAAAGACUGACAAAGACAUCUUUUUUUUUUUUUUUUUAAAGUUUAAAAACCCGGUGACUUUUUGACGCUCUGCUGUGCGUCAGCGACCCAAAUAACUUUGGGACUUUCCACAGCCGAUGUUUACGCACAGCUGUCUUUGGUUUACAUACAAGCCCUAUCGAUGGCUGAGAGCACAGGCAGAGAGCACCGUUGUCUGUCGCCGUGGAAGUGACUGUAUGUAUCCAGAUGGACUGAAGAGAUGAGUGCUUGGUGAGAUGGAGUGACUUUUCCAAUGGGUGGAACAGAGCGUCUGUGGUUAUUUGCUAGUUUAUGUCAGUUGGUGUUGCUGACCUGUGAACAGCAUUCAAACCCUGUUGAGGUUGAAGUUAGGUUUCAGUCCUUCCCUUCCAGUCAAGAUCCAGACAGCUAUACACUCACCUGCAGGACUGCAAGUAACCAUCUGGUGUAUGCAGAGGCCGUCGACCACUCAGCAUGCUCUCCUCAGUGCAAGAUGUCACUGCGAUUGGUUGAAGACCAGAGGGGAUAUAAAAUCACACUGAGAGCCAGCAGGAAUGAUACCGCUCUUGAGGCAAAGACCUUUAACUUGAUUCCAGUCUCCCUUUCAUCCCUCCAUGUUUACAGCACAACGACUUCUGCUCUCCUGACAUGGAAACUUCACAGACAGCAAAGCUUGUCCAGCCUGAGUCUAUACAACACUCAUUCACAAUCCAUCACACACAUCUCCAGCAUGAAGCCCUCAGAGGCAGUAAAGUCCCAGUACACAGUGACAGGUCUCCAGCCCGGCACACGCUUCAAGGUCAAAGUUGUGGUGACUACACUGCUCAAGCAGCUUAAUGUGACCUUGAAGCAGAGACUCAGCCUCAGCAUGGAAACAGCUCAGUGCCCUCCUGAUUGGCUGGCCAAUGGGAGAAGCUGCUACACCCUGAGAAGAGGAGGUCUGACCUGGAGUGAAGCCCUCCGCAGCUGCAAACGCCUGGCAGCCGGAAGUCACUUGGCUGACCUGAAGACCCCAGAAGAUGUUCUCUAUGUAUCUUCUCACCUGCUGAGCCACAACAACCUGCUGCUGCUGUGGACUGGACUCAAUGACCAGCAGGUAAGGAGAGGUACUGAGGAGAAUAGGCAAUGA